UGAUAGUAGGAGCUGUGAAAGAUUGCAACUGAGGGGGGAGAGUAGCAUUUGUGAUCCGCGUGGAAUAAUAACCAUAUUUCAUUUUCAGGAAGGAAAUUAGGCGCAGUUUCGAGAUUCAGUACUGCCUGCAUUGUGCACCUUGAAAAGCAAACUAAAGCCAUGUCGGAGGACCUGAGCUCCCAACCUUGGUCCAUCAACAAAGAUGAUUAUGAGCUACAGGAGGUGAUUGGGAGUGGAGCCACGGCGGUGGUCCAGGCGGCCUACUGUGUGCCCAGGAAGGAGAAGGUGGCAAUCAAGCGCAUCAACCUGGAGAAAUGCCAGACCAGCAUGGAUGAGCUUUUGAAAGAAAUCCAGGCCAUGAGUCAGUGCCAUCACCCUAACAUAGUGUCGUACUACACCUCCUUUGUGGUGAAGGAUGAGCUGUGGCUGGUGAUGAAGCUGCUCAGUGGUGGCUCGGUGCUGGACGUUAUCAAGCACAUCAUCUCCCGGGGCGAGCACAAGACGGGGGUCCUGGACGAGCCCAGCAUCGCCACCAUCCUGAAGGAGGUGCUGGAGGGCCUGGAGUACCUGCACAAGAACGGCCAGAUCCACAGGGACGUGAAGGCCGGAAACAUUCUUCUGGGAGAAGACGGCUCGGUACAAAUCGCAGACUUCGGCGUCAGUGCCUUCUUAGCCACCGGGGGCGACAUCACCAGGAAUAAGGUACGGAAGACGUUCGUGGGGACCCCCUGCUGGAUGGCCCCGGAGGUGAUGGAGCAGGUCCGGGGUUAUGACUUCAAAGCGGACAUCUGGAGUUUUGGGAUUACAGCCAUCGAACUGGCGACAGGAGCCGCCCCCUACCACAAGUACCCACCCAUGAAGGUGCUGAUGCUGACUCUGCAGAACGACCCUCCUGGGCUGGAGACGGGCGUCACCGACAAGGAGAUGGUGAAGAAAUACGGCAAGUCCUUAAGGAAGAUGAUCUCUUUGUGUAUGCAGAAGGACCCGGAGAAAAGACCUACCUCUGCUGAGCUCCUCAAACACAAAUUCUUCACGAAAGCCAAGAACAAUGAAUACUUGCAAGAAAGGCUAAUACAGAGGGCCCCCACAAUAGGAGAACGGUCCAAAAGGGUGCGGAGAGUUCCGGGCUCCAGCGGCAGGCUGCAUAAGACAGAAGACGGGGAGUGGGAGUGGAGCGAUGAUGAGCUGGACGAGGAGAGCGAGGAGGGAAAGGCUGCUGUGGCUGCACUACGGUCUCCUCGAGUAAAGGAAGCAGCACAGCAGAAUUCAGAGAUUUUUCAAUCAUCAGAGCCUUCAGGUAGUCACCUUCAGCCUUUAGCCUCAGCCACGGCCCCGACCCAGACCCCGACCCCGGCUCCAGCACCGGCCCCGGCCCAGCUACCUCAGCCUGCUGCCCCAGCCCCCACGCAGGCCCCUGCAGCCAGCGCUCUACCCGCUGCCCAGGCUCCAGCUCAGGCCCAGGCCCCGGCCGUGGCUCCAGGCCCAACCGUGGCCGCACAGAACCCCGCUCCAGUUCUCUCGCAGGACACCAAGUCUCCCAUUAGCUUGGUAUUAAGGCUGAGAAAUUUAAAGAAGGAGCUAAACGACAUACGAUUCGAGUUCAUGCCUGGAAGGGACACGGCGGUCGGAGUAUCUCAGGAGCUGGUGUCUGCAGGCCUGGUGGACGGCCGGGACGUGGUAAUAGUUGCUGCUAAUUUGCAGAAAAUUGUCGAUGAGCCUCAAACAAACAAAAAUGUCACUUUCAAGUUGGCUUCAGGAGUGGAAGGCUCUGAGAUUCCUGACGAUGUUAAACUUAUGGGAUUUGCACAGCUCAGCAUUAGUUAAACCAUAGUACUACUACCAGGGACACCACUUGCCUAAAAAAAAAAGAAAGAAACAGAAACAGUAUGGCACACCUGUGCAUUUUAAUGACUUUCAUUGGCCUAAAGAAACCACUACUGCCAAAGAGAAAGACCUUGUCAUCAGCCCAUAGGAAGCAGAACCAUUGAAUAGGAUGUGCAUUGAGGAUGCGUUGUACAGUGUAGGAAUCACAGUUAAAGGUUUACAUGUGUGUGUAAAAAGACGCAAUCAUCAGAACUCGCCCGUCUCCCAUUUCCUCCUUCCCGUCUUUUUCGGUCUUUGUAAUUUAAGACGUAUGUUUGCACAAUCUGAACCAACUCCUGCAAGUCCUGGUAAUGUAAAAAAUGCCUUAUUUACAACAGUACUACUGAGAAAAUGCUGGGGCUAUCCCCGGUUUAGUCGUGGAGCUUAACAGUAGAUUGAGUUUAAUGUGGUUUCAGUUACUCGUGUUAAACCUUCACAUUUUGGAGCUGUGAAUGCCAGCCAUCACAAUGCCAACACCUUGCCAUGUAAGCCAACACACAGACACACUCACGCGCACACACACGCACACACGCACACACGCACACGCACACACACACACACACACACAGAUUUUUCAGCCGAACAUGGAGCUGCAGUAUCUCCCCCAAAGCACUUGCGUCCAUCGCAGCUGUGUGUGUGUAUUGAAUGAUGAAAGCGUUGCAUUGAAGUGGCUUCGCUUGGCUGCAGCACAGUGCGUUUGGAUGAUAGUCUGCUUGAGCACUGGCCAGAAACGCCACCAAAAUCCAAAACCCGCCACACGGAGAGGGCUCCGAGGUUUGGCUGUGGGACAGGUUUAAGAUGAGCACCAAACUGUUUCACCUUGAAUAAAAGUGACACUCCCAUUGCAAAACAGUGUGAGCGAUUCCAGGUUUUGCUAAAUGCUCAUGCGCUUCCCUUGUGGAAUUCCAUCAUUUUAUUCCAGCCUGCCUCUAGAAAUGCUGUGGAUCAGAAGUGCUUUUUCCAUCCCUGCUUUAAUCCAUUUGAUUAAUUUCCUAAUUUGUCAUUCUAUGGCAAGGGUCUUAAAUUCCAGUCCUGGAGGGCCAUCGUCUCUGCUGGUUUUUGUCAUUUCCUUUCAAUCAGCCGCCAAUCUGGGUCUUGGAAACAAGCUGUGCAGACUCUUCCACCAAUCAGUGACUUAAAUUAAGCACUUUAGCACAGGAACGCAUCAAAAACCAGCAGAUACAGUAGCCCUCCGGGAUUUGACUUUGUGAUCCCUAUUCUUUAAAAGUAAAGGAAUGUUAAAAUGUCAUUUCUUUAAAGUGCCCACCAAAAGAUGUUUGUCAACUUCUGGUCAAUCAUUUGAAAUACACAAUAAAUGUCAAGUCGCAUACAAUUAUGGACAUUAUCUUUUUAAGGCUUGAGGAUAAUGCUAAAGCCCUACAACCCAAGGGUCUGGUCCCAGAAGGGGUCGCAGCUCUGGUGCCCACCAAAUAAAUAAAUGGUCUAUUUUCCCCUUGCUAGGCCUCCACAAUCCUGCCCACAGGCGCAGGAUUGGCACCCCAGCCCAGCCCUGACUAUCCCUCUUCCCAUUCAAGUGACAUUGACUGUCCGAAAACAGGCCACUCAUUCUCCUCAGGGCCUGGAGCCAGAAAGAGGAUUGGCCAACCCUCUGGUGUUCUAUUGGCUGUUUCAGACUUUCUCAGACUACGUUCUGGCAAAAAGGCACUUUUUUAUAUAAGCGUACCCCACUUAUUCACGAUGUAUUCCACAGCUCUAUAUCUGAAUUCUGAUCUGCACGGUGAUGUAUUUAAAUGUGUACAUAUCUAGUAUAUAUUAAAAAACUUUUUAAGAAGUUUAACGGUGGAGUAACUGAAGCCACACAGUUUGCCGCGUUAGUGUCCGUUCGUGGGCUGCGGCUCAGACUUCGGAUUCGGAAAAAAGUUUCUGGAAAGGAGACCGUAGCGCACGUUAGCUUCACGAGGAUGACAAACAACUGCAGAGUACUUGAUUAGUAACUUUAGAAUGUAAAUAAUGAAAUUUGGUGUUGAUUUGUUUUUAUACUGGGUGUUUCACACUUGGCCUUUGUAUCUUAAAAGAGGAGAGGAGGUGGAGGCACACAGAGGCCGGAAAAAAGAGAAAGUAAAAUACGCGUUUUUGUUUUUGUUCGCUUUUUCUUUGGCAGUCGAUAUCGCGGUAGGGUUUGAUCCAGAAACGGCCGUUCUCUCUCCCUGCUUCACUCGUGGCCUCGUGCUCGUCUCGCUGGAGAUGCUUUCUCUCAUCAAACCUUUAAGCCUUUUGAAUUGCACGAGUGAAUAGAGUGCCAGAUAUCACAGACCCUUUCUCUCAAUCUUUCUCAGCUUGACAAAACUGACCCACUGAUGUAUUUGACUGUGCACGCUUGAAAACUUGGGGUUAUCUGUCUCUUUAUAAUUGGUGUUCGUAUUCCCUAGAUUGCCAUGUGUAAACAAAGAAAAAAUGUAUUUUGUGAUUUUUGGCUAGUCCUUUUUGAAACGCCACUCCUAAUUUUAAGGAAUAUUGUGAUGGUGGACUUGUAUGUCAGCAUGUUUUAUUCAGCCUACUGACUGCUCUCAACUGCCUAUUGCUUCUCUGAAACUACAAAGGAAAAAACAAUAGUCUCAUUAGCUUUUCAUGAGUUUACGCUCAUGAGUCGAGCUACAAGAAUACGCACACACUCUUAAUAGUGAUGUCAUCUGUAGUGUUUGAACUGUGCUUUUGUUCAGCAGUCUGUGUUCCCACAAUGCUUUGCGAUGUCACAAUAUAGUGUCAGUGAUUGUGUGACAUCAUUUGUCCUCAUUAAUUCUCCAUGGCGGGCAGUUUUUAUUGGCUUAAUGUUUUAUUGGUCAAAUAUAAAGUUGGAUGUAGUGGGCUGUCUGACAUUUGACAUGAGAAUUGCAUAUAAUCAAUCUGAUGUAAGUCGUGGUCUUUCUUGAUUUAUGUAGCACUGUAUGUUAAAUCCUGUGAAUUGUAGAGUAGUGUGACUUGAAUGCUUGGAUUGGGAGAGAGUUUAGUUAUGUCAAGUUGAUUUGAUUUUGAUUUUAUGGGUCUCCUGACAGAAGAUGCUUAUUUACCAGUAAAUGUUUCCGUCAGAUGUACAGUUAUCAUUAUGUCUGGCCUAACACUCCUCCACUGUACUUCCAAUAGCACCUUUUUCCCAUUGUCCAUUCGACCGGUCACCUUCGAUACUCAAAGCCCCAGUGGAACCUCACAAAAUAUUGGCCCAACGUUCUCGUAAGGUUGUCACAAUAACGUGGCGCACCAUUGUGGUUUAAAAUGAUAUGUUUGGUGGUGGGUGUUAUGCAGGCUAGUGUUAUUAAUUGUCCAGCAGGUAAAUAAAUGCUUUUUUCUGUAAUGGUAUUGAUUUAAUUGAGGAGUAAUAAUGAGAUUUAGGUAUUAUCCCAACCUUGAAGUAUUGAGUGCCAUUUGCCUGUACUUGACUGAUGUGGCUCGUAUGGCUGUGUGAUUAUAAUCCUCCUACGAUCAGUGGCACCCACUGGAUUGAACCCUGGAUCAAACUGCAUUCAAAUCUUCAUUUAUUUGAUUUUGUUACACUUCUUUAUUUUUGUUUUCUGUCCGUUUUCUUAUCUGUGAUAAAUCAAUCUUAAUUAGCAGCAUUGUAUCAGUGGGACAGAACACCUUUACACAUGACUUUGUGUGGUGUGGAUUAAAAAUGCAAAGCUGUAAGAUAUUUCAGUUUCCCUUUGUUUUAUUUUCAAGUUUUUUUUUUUGUUUCGGAUUUCAGUGCAUGUUUCCAUAAUUAUUAUUUUUAAUCAAUAAAGAAUGAACUUGUCA